CUCCGCUAUACAUUAUAUAUACUAAUACUGGCACACUCGCACCCAGACCAAGAAAAGAAAAGAACAACUCAAAAAGCUUCUUAGAUUAAGGGGCUCACUCCAGUCUAUAAACACUAUUAGACCUUUUGCCUAUUGACUCUAAAUAACUGUCGGCAAGCCAUUCUUUCUGACUGUUCACCCUUAUAGUAUAAGGAGUCAGAAAUUGGUGGUAGCGCGGCCUAGAUUAACCGGAGACAAACGACAAUGCAGUUGGUACGGUCAGUUUGUUUUGGUGCACUAACACUCCUCUUGGUCUUCAAGUAUAGUUUGUUGGUCGAUGCGGCUAAGCCUCAGUCCCACAGUCACCUCACCGACACUCGUUGGAAACCCGCCACCGCCACCUGGUACGGAAGCCCUGAAGGCGACGGCAGUGACGGUGGAGCUUGUGGGUAUGGAUCAAUGGUGGACGUAAAGCCGUUUCGGGCUCGAGUGGGGGCAGUGAGCCCUGUGCUGUUCAAGAACGGGGAAGGAUGUGGAGCUUGCUAUAAGGUGAAGUGCCUCGACCACAGCAUCUGCUCUCGGCGGGCAGUGACCAUAAUCGUGACUGACGAGUGUCCCGGUGGGUACUGCUCCAAUGGCCGAACCCACUUUGACCUUAGCGGCGCCGCUUUUGGCCGCAUGGCCGUGACCGGUGACGGUGGUCAGCUCAGGAACCGGGGCGAAAUCUCGGUUGUUUACCGAAGGACACAAUGUAAGUAUCCUGGUAAAAACGUGGCCUUCCAUGUGAAUGAAGGUUCAACAAAUUAUUGGCUAUCACUUUUGGUCGAGUUUGAGGAUGGAGAUGGAGAUGUUGGGUCAAUGCAUAUAAAACAAGCAAACUCUAAUGAAUGGCUACAAAUGAGCCAUCUAUGGGGAGCUAAUUGGUGUUUCGUCGGAGGACCUUUAAGAGGACCUUUUUCAGUGAAGUUAACGACAUUGUCAACUGGGAAAGCUCUCUCUGCCAGAGACGUCAUUCCAACCAAUUGGUCUCCUAAGGCAACUUACACUUCCCGCUUAAACUUCUUCUAAUACUAACCCUAAAACCGUAAUUAACGACUAUACAAAUAGAGAAGGAGAAUAAAACAAUUAAUCUCUUCUUCAUCUAUGCCAGAAAAGGCUCUAUUGGUUUCCCACGACUCGAAAGUAGCCGUUGUCGGGUUUGGUUUGUUUUUGAGGGAAAAAGUAGCCGUUGGAGAGUGCCCAAUUGCUCUUUCCUUUCUAUCCUUUUUGUUGUUUGGUUUUUUUUUGAUCUAAUUAUGCCUUUUGUGGGGGUUAGUUUUCUUAUAUUAUUUUUAGGGAGGAAAACUGAAUGUAGAAUAUGUAGCCCUCUCCAAAGGAGAGAGAGCUGUUGUGUAAUGUUUUGUUUUAUGUUUGACCUUUGCUUGUUUUUGUACUUUUGUGGGACCAAUGGGUUUGUUUAUUAAUGAAACGAGAAAAAUAUUGUUGGUGUAUUAAA